GUGAAACCCUCUUAGUAUGUACUUUUCCAUCAGUCUAACCUCGUUAUCGAACCAACUCGAUGUUAUCCGUCAGCUCACCCCCGUCCUCUCGUUUACCUACCUCGGCGAAGUUUGGAGGUGUUUCCAAUUGAUAGCCUGCCAUCCUGUGGGGCAUAACUGUCUAGUUGGAGCUAUUGACCAUCUCAUCAAUGAAGCCUCUUAAUACCCCGGGUCCUAUUGGCAGGACGUAUGGUCAGCUACAACAAUCGUCGGUCCAGAAUGGUCGUGAUAACCUGGAUAAUAAGUACCGAAGUGCGGGGAGGACCGAUCUGGAAACGCCUUGUCAAUAACAGGUAAAAUGCGAAGAUCGUGUCGUCUCUACGCGGUAAGUUCAUAUAACUCCACACAGGGGUAUAUCAUGAAAAGUUGGGGUAACACUGUCUUUAAAUAUUCAAUAUGCCGUGCCCUUUGCUAUCUAAUAAAAUAGUGGUCAUGCUAGGUAUUUCUCCGUCUGAGAUCCUAUUUCUAUCUUAUGUCUUGGUUUGGGAUAAGUCACACUAAACAUGGAGGCCGCCACGAAGAUACCCGAAACUUCGCUCUGGGCGAAUAGAAAAUGCUUGCUCAUAUGUGCUAUCGUUGCGAUAGCAAAUAUGCAGUAUGGGCUUGACUCGGCAGCGAUAGGGUCCUUACAGGCGAUGCCAGGGUUUCUAGAAGUGUUCGGAUAUAAAGACCCUAGCCAGCCAAGUGGCUAUGCGAUAGAGGGAACUUUCCAACGACUAAUUGGAUCACUCUUAACAUUGGGCGCUUUCCUAUCCUCGCUCAUUGCUGGCGCGUUUGCCCACUUCUUUGGUCGAAAGGAUGCUCUGUGGCUUGCAUGUGUUUUGAACGCGGUUGCGUGUAUCAUACAAAUUUCUACCACAGACAAAGCCGCUGUCUAUGUAGGUCGACUUAUCCUUGGGUUGGCGAAUGGCUUUCUAGUAACUUUCUCGAAUAUUUAUACUGCCGAGGCAGCGCCAGCUCACCUUCGUGCCGUUAUGGUAGCUCUAUUCUCGGAGUGGGUCAAUAUUGGAAGCAUCAUAGGGGCUGCGGUAACCAACGCUACCAAAAAUCGACUAGAUAAGGCUUCAUACCAGAUUCCACUCGGAACUCUUUUCAUUGUCCCAACAUUUCUUGCUGUCGGACUCUUUUUCGUCCCUGAGUCGCCUCGUUAUUUGCUAUAUAAGGGGCAAAGUGAGGCGGCAAGGCGAUCGUUGAAAAGUUUAAGAGGGGGCUCAUUAUCUCCCGAAGGCUUUGAGAUCGAAUGGAUCGAAAUGGUUAAGGGUAUCGAAGAGGAGAAGCACACAGCUAAUACAAUUGGGCCACUAGAUAUGUUCAAAGGGACUGAAUUGAGACGUACACUUUUGUGUUACGGUGUCAUUGCCACCCAGACUGGAGCUGGUUCGUGGUUUAUCAUCAGCUACUCGACCUAUUUUAUGAUCGUCGCAGGACUAUCCGUCGAUGACGCCUUUAAGUUUUCGGUUAUGAACACCUGUUUAGGCUUCAUUGGCGUCAACUGCGGGAUGUAUCUGAUGCGCCAUGUCAUGGGUAGGAGAACUGUCUUAAUGACGGGCGCUGUUACCCAAGGUUUUGCAAUGCUCGGAAUGGCAGUUUCGGCAACUGUUGCAUCUGGUACAGUCUCGGCUCGCAAUUGUGUCAUUGCCUUUACUGCCCUCUACCAAUUUUCCUACAAUGCGUUCGUUGGCGAUGCCACGUAUCCAACCGCAACGGAAUUGGUCAGCACAAGAUUGAGAUCGUGGUCCGUGGGAUCAGCUAUCAGUCUGGGGUACUUUCUCGCAUGGCUUACGGGAUUUUGCUCGCCAUACUUCAUCAAUCCAGGAGAUCUCAAUUGGGGAGCUAAAUAUGCAUACAUAUGGGCUGGUUCGAAUCUAUGUUGCUUGGUGUUCUUCUUUCUAUGCGUUCCGGAGACCAAAGGAAGAACACUGGAGGAGAUUGACGAGCUCUUUGCAAACCGCGUUUCCGUGAACAACUUUAAAACUUUUAAAACAACGAUCGUCGAGGAAGCUUUAAAAGAUAUUGAAAUGCGUGUCCCAGGAAAAGGGAAGUUAACUAGUGUUGAGCAUGUUGACAAGAUUUAACUCUGUCAUGGACCAAAGGCAUCAGAUGAUACAUCAGAGACAAAUUAGAAACGAGGUACAUAUCUAGGUACCUACCUAGAUACAGACCAGUCUCCCAGAUGCGUAUAGUGUUUAGUUCUCCUAAACCAAUUUUAUUAAAAGGUGGUAAGAUGAUAUGUACUACACGCCAGUACUUGGUUUUCGAUUCGUGAUGGGCAACUUCUGCGACGUAUGCGACUUUGGGAGUUUGAGGAUAUUGCAGGAUUAGGAUAGGUUUAGCUAGAGUGGAUCUCACCAGUUAGAUUCUCACCUGAGUGACUAUCUAGGUACCUACCCAAAGGAAGAGAGUGGCAUUAUGGUUCUAAUCGACUCAAUGAAAGAAGUUGUGCCAUCCAAUUAA